UUUUCAGUAUUUAUGCAACCCUAAACUUGCUCACAUCUUCAUCUCUGUUGCAUGCUUCCUUAUACUGCAAUGUCUAUGGUGGAGAUUAGAGUUCCAAAUUUGGACUGCCAUGGCUGUGCUUCAAAGAUCAAAAGGACUCUUUUCAAGCUCAAAGGAGUGGAAGAGAUAGAAAUCGAAAUGGAGAUGCAAAAGAUCGUGGUAAAAGGUUACGGUUUGGAUGAAAGGAAGGUGUUAAAAGCCAUCAAGCGAGCCGGGAAAGCAGCCGAGCCAUGGCCUUAUCCGGGUUACUCUUCCCAUUUCGCUUCGUUUUACAAAUACCCGACUCAUAUUGCAAACCAAUACUAUUAUGAUCGGAAUGAAGCCACCGGACACAACUUGCAUACCUUUUUUCACACGCCAUCGGUUUAUUCUGUUGCUAUCGCCUCGGAUGAAGCCGUUGCCUCACUAUUUAGUGACGAAAACCCUCAUGCUUGUGCUAUCAUGUGAGAAGGCAAUUGUGUGCAUUUUAUUUUGUUUUAGAGUUUAGUAAUGUUUGUGAGGAUAAUUAAUACAUUUUGAUUGCUUGGACCAAAUGUAUGAUCGAUCGGAAAAUGGUACGCGUAUAUUGGUCACGCUAA